AACCUUGUAAAAACCCGAAAGAAACUAACUUUUAUUCCCUCCUCACACAGACAGUCACAAAGCCCACAAGACAAAAACACAAUGUCUUCUCCUUCAAUGGCAAAACUGAAGGUAGCAGGAACAUGGGCUGGAGUUUUAGAGGUAGAACCAGAGAAUUGGACAGUGCUCAUGUUGAGAGAGGAGAUUGCAAAGAGAUCAAACAUGGGCACUGAGUCGAUCAAUCUAAUUUUUGCUGGCAAAGUCUUGAAAGACUGUACCAGUGAGGAAAAAAACAGUCUUUCUCAAUUGGGUAUUAAAAAUAACUCUAAAAUUCUUGCUUGUCGUGUCUCUGUGGAAGAGGGUAAAACUUUAAAGAAUGAGUUGUUGGCUGAUGAUGAAAGAAACCGUAGACUUGCUCGUAUCAAGGCAGCAGUCACUGCAUUGUCCAAGAGACAUGCAGAUGGUGCAUUACCAAUAGAAGACUUCGAUAUCGAACUCGAAGAUCAGAGUGGGAAGAAAGUGCACUUUUCUGAGACUGAUAGACAGGCAAUAAUGACAGGUCUGAUGCUUCAUACAAGUGGAAAGCGGUUUAUCAGAAAGCAAAUGUUUAGUGAUGCACUUGAAGUUCUUACUAUGGGAGAGGAGGCUUUCUCUCUAUGCAAUCCCAAGUCUAUUGAACUUGUCGACAAUAUCCCAAUACUGCAAAUAGACAUGGUGUGGUGUUACUUCAUGCUCCAAGAUAUUGCCUGGCUCUCAGUGGCAGGAUUACGCCUCGAAAAGGCUAGAGAAGGACUUGAACGUGCUCACGGAAAGGACUCCUCCCGAUUCAGACUGCUUCAAGCUGGUUGUUCUUCAGAGCUCGCAUUAUAUUUGCGAUUGGAAUUGUUGGAAGGAGUGGUGGCAUAUCACAGUGGCCAGUUUGACAAAUCUAGGAAGUUCUUGACCUCUGCACAAGCAAAAUUCUUCCAGCUACAAGUGCCAGAUGAAGCCUUAUCAGUUGUCAUGAGCAUUGGAUUUGGGGAACAAGAUGCAAAAAGAGCAUUGAGAAUGAGCAAUCAGGAUGUUCAGAGUGCCGUUAAUUUUCUUGUACUGGAAAGGGAAAAGAGAGAACAGAAACGGGAAGAUGACAUUCGUCGAAGAAAUGAAAUCAAGCAACAGAAACGGUAUGGAGUUACACCCUUAAAGAAAGCUGUGGAUCUCCAGAAACUGACAGAGUUGGUCUCCAUAGGAUUUGAGAAGGAGCUUGCUGCUGAAGCUCUUCGAAAAAAUGAGAAUGGUACUCAGGAGGCAUUGGAUGACUUGACAAACCCAGAAGCUAAUACUGAACUCCAGGUCCUGAAAGUUCAAAUAUUUUUGUCUGAAUCUCGUUUUAAACUUUUACCAUUACCAACUUUGAUAGACCUGCAGCGUGCUAUAGAAUCAAGAAAAAGGAAAAGACAGCAACGAGCCACUGAUGCCACAGUUGAACAGCUUGUGUCCAUGGGCUUUGAAAGAUCUAGAGUGAUUGGUGCUGUCCAAGCUGGUGGCUCUUUAGAGGAAGUUAUGCAUCAACUACUCACAUAUCCCCGAGCAGACACCACAGCUGCAGCUGAUGACAGCUCCAAUGCUCAUGAUUCCUCUGGGAACAAUAAUGCAAGUACUGACUUAAAUGCUAACGAUAAUGCUUGUGCUCCUGAUUCAACUCCUACCAACCCUGCUGUGGAGAAUCUUAGUCCAGAUACUUUGGGCAUUGAUAAUAGUAAUGAAGGUCCUUCAGCCGAACAGCGGGACUUAGAGAUGGAGGAUGAAAUUGCUGAUGAACUCACAAGAGGCGAUGCAUUGUCAGAUUAUAACAUUGAUGUGACACAGGAAGGCGAUGCCAUAAAUGAGUACCUCGCUUUGCUGGAUUCAGGGGGUGGCAUUGGAAAAGCUUCGUCUUCCCAGUUGUCCCACUAAGAGGAAAGCUGACUGGAACAAUGACACGAAGCAUAUCUGUGAAUAUAAUGUGAAUGAUGUUAAUUGCAAUUAUAAUGAUAGGAUGGGGAGCCUUUAGGAGUUAGGGGUUGAACUAGCAUAAGUUGCAUCGUUGUACUGACCAGCAUUACAGAAAGCAAACGUAAUUGCAGUAGAUUGUGCAGCAUCCAUCUUGAGAGUUGUGGUGCAGGCAUCUAUCCUUUUCAUUUUGAAUUUUUUUAUCCUACCUCGUGGUUCAAAUGAAUGCAUUUUGGAGAUGGAUGCCACACAGGCACAAGAAGUCUUCUUGUUUUA